CGCUGACUCCCUCUCUCCUCCUUUUUUGCCCGCCUCGCGCCGGUUGGGUCUAGAGCGCAUGCGCGGCCCCGCGUGAGGCGGCGCGCGUGGGGCCUGUGCCCUGCCCACGACGCGGCUCUCCAUCUCUCUCUGUGUCUCCUGAGGGGAUGCUGAGGGCCGCUGGUUGAGGAGAAGGAGGAGAAGAAAAGGGAGCCCGCCGCCAUGGAUCCCCUCAGCGGGAAGGCGGCCCUGGACGGCGAGGCCCCGGGGCGGCCUGGCGGAGGAAGCGGGGCCAGCGUGGCCGAGCAAAUCGUGGCCGCCGACCUAGCCUCGGCCGCCGCGGCCGCCGCCGAACCUCUCCCCCCGGGGGGCACCUUCGUCCAGCGGCAGCUCGGGGCCCUGCUCCAGCCCGCCGUCAACAAGUUCUCGCUCCGGAUGUUCGGGAGCCACAAGGCCGUCGAGAUCGAGCAGCAGCGCGUCAAGUCCGCCGGCACCUGGAUCAUACACCCCUACAGCGACUUCCGGUUCUACUGGGACUUGAUCAUGUUGCUGCUGAUGGUGGGGAAUCUGAUCAUCCUGCCGGUCGGCAUCACCUUUUUCAAAGACGAGAACACCCCGCCGUGGAUCGUCUUCAACGUCCUCUCCGACACCUUCUUCCUGGCCGACCUGGUCCUGAAUUUCCGCACCGGCAUUGUGGUGGAAGACAACACUGAGAUCAUCUUGGACCCGCACACCAUCAAGAUGAAGUACCUCAAGACCUGGUUCCUGGUGGACUUUGUUUCCUCCAUCCCGGUGGACUACAUCUUCCUCGUUGUAGACCUGGAGACCCAGGUGGAUUCGGACGUCUAUAAAACCGCGCGGGCCCUGCGCAUCGUCCGCUUCACCAAGAUCCUCAGCCUGCUGCGCCUCCUCCGGCUAUCCCGUCUCAUCCGCUACAUCCAUCAGUGGGAAGAGAUUUUCCACAUGACUUAUGACCUAGCCAGCGCCGUGGUGCGAAUCUUCAACCUCAUUGGGAUGAUGCUUCUGCUGUGCCACUGGGAUGGCUGCUUGCAGUUCCUGGUGCCCAUGUUGCAGGACUUUCCUGAGGACUGCUGGGUCUCCAUCAACCACAUGGUGAAUGACUCUUGGGGUAAGCAGUACUCCCACGCCUUGUUCAAGGCCAUGAGCCACAUGCUGUGCAUUGGAUAUGGCCAGCAGGCACCGGAGGGCAUGACCGAUGUCUGGCUGACCAUGUUGAGCAUGAUUGUGGGCGCCACUUGCUACGCCAUGUUCAUUGGCCAUGCCACAGCGCUCAUCCAAUCGCUGGACUCCUCUCGGCGGCAGUACCAGGAGAAGUACAAACAAGUGGAGCAAUACAUGUCCUUCCACAAAUUACCCGGAGACACUCGCCAACGGAUCCAUGAGUACUAUGAACACCGGUACCAGGGGAAGAUGUUUGACGAGGAGAACAUCCUGGGGGAGUUGAGUGAGCCCCUCAAAGAGGAGAUCAUCAACUUCAACUGCCGCAACCUGGUGGCCAACAUGCCCCUUUUCGCCAACGCGGACCCCAACUUUGUGACGGCCAUGCUGACCAAGCUGCGCUUCGAGGUCUUCCAGCCGGGGGACUUCAUCAUCCGGGAGGGCACCGUGGGCAAGAAGAUGUUCUUCAUCCAGCACGGCGUGGUCAGCAUUCUCACCCGCGGCUCCAAGGAGAUGAAGCUCUCCGACGGCUCCUACUUUGGGGAGAUCUGCCUCUUGACCCGCGGACGGCGCACUGCCAGCGUGCGUGCCGACACCUACUGCCGCCUCUAUUCGCUUUCGGUGGACAACUUCAACGAAGUCUUGGAGGAGUACCCCAUGAUGCGCCGGGCGUUUGAAACUGUGGCCAUGGACCGACUUGACCGCAUAGGUAAGAAGAACUCGAUCCUGCUGCGCAAGCGUGCCGAGCACAGCUCCAGCACCAUCAACAAUGAGAUCAUCCAGCAGAUUGUCAAGCAUGACCAGGACACGGCCCACAACAUCCAGGACCUCCCGCCGGUGAUGACGGGGCGCGAGCUCAGCGGGAAGCCCGUGAUCUGGGAGCCCCUGGUCCAUGCCCCGCUCCAGACGGCCGCCGCCACCACCAAUGUGGCCAUUGCCUUGACGCACCAGCAGAGCCUCGCGGCUCACAUCUUCCUGCCCCCGUCCUCCGUCUCCAGCCCUCUCUCGCCGGACGGCGUCCUCAUCCCUCGCCACCCGCGGCGCUCCCAGCCCAGCCUGGGCGGCUCCCGGCCCUCCUCAGUGAGCUCUCCUGCCUCGGGGGCCCCGUCCCAUUUACAGACGCCUGCGGCCGACUCCCCGUCCUCUCCCAUGGUCCAGUCCGGGUCGCCCUUGGAAAGCGCCGGACCCCGGGGAGGCCCUUUGGGAGCGGCCAUCCCUCGGCCGGUCCAGAAGGGAGACCAGGCUCAGGCUCAGCUCUCCAAGUCCCGCGGCACUUCGGUCUCCACUUCGCUGCUACAGCAGGCGGCCACUGGCGCCUCCUCGGUCCCACCCGGGCGGACUCUCCACUACAGCCUCUCCCGGGCCACCGGGUCCCACAUCUCCUUGUUUUUGCAGCCCCAGCAGCUGGUGAGGCACCGGAGCACGCAAGGCCUUCCGGUGGGCUGCCUCACCCAAGACCUACGGGUGCUCUCGGCCUCUCAGCCCUCUUUGCCCAACCGGCUCACGCAGCAGGCGGACAUGGGCUGCCCGCCGCCGGCCAGGAAGUCCGCCGGGAACCUGACGCACCGCUCCUCCCCUUCGGUCCCGGGGCUCCUGGCCAGGCCACCCUCCGGCACUCCCGCUCCGCCGCAGGGCUCCAGCCGCUCCAUGAGCGGAGCCAGCACCCCGCAGUCCCCGGCCUCCACUCCCCGGCACCCCACCGCCCCUUCCCGCAAGGGCUCCGUGGCGUUCAGCCCCGACGUAGACCUUGGGAAGCCGAAGCUCCCGUCCAACAUGUGAGGCCGCUGCCAGGCAGGCCUGCAGCUCCUCGUGUCGGAAGGAGGAAUGCCAACCGGUCGGAACAAGCCUUGGGGGCGGUGAGGACUGCGGCAUGAAGGGAGAGGACGGGUCUCCAGUGGAAAGGGGGCAAAAGCCAUCUCCCUACAGAGAGCGCCCAACGCCCCUUCCUGGAGGGGAACCAGGCUACCAUCCCCUCCAUCAUCCUGAUGGGAGUGACCUCUGCUUCCAAAGGCAGAUUGUGGGCUUUGUAGUUCCCCUGGGGCAUCCUGCAACAAGAAGGCAAUGGCAAAGGGAUAGAUUUCCAAAAUCAAGCUGCUCUAGAAUCUCUCCCCUUCGGAAGAGCCGCUGUUGACAAACCAGCCCGGAACCUGCCAUCUGUGCGAUCCAAGGAGCCCACCACAGAAAGUGUGCCAUGAUCUCCGGCAAAUGACUUGGAGGACACUCCUGGACAAGUGCUCCUGCCAUCUCCCUUUUAGGAAUAUUUUGAAUUGAGAAAUAUCGUUUAGAGAUACUUCUCUCCCUUUCUUGACCCGGAAUUUGUGCAAUACGCAUCUCCAGAUGUCUUGUGUGAAUGUGUGUAACAGUAGAAACCCUGGGGGAAGGAAGAGAGCACAUGUUCACCCCCCCCCCCCGAAAAGAUAGAUAGAUAUAUUUAUUUAUAUGAUGUCUCUUCUGCCCAGAGAAUUUGGGUCAAUCAGGCCGACUUGAUCUUGCUGCUACUGCCAUAGGUUAAGCUUCUCUGCUCGGAAAUAUUCCCCCAUCCGUCUUGGGGAAUAUUUCUUCUGCAGACUCCCCAAGAUGGAUCCUAAUUACGUGUUUAUGGGCAUUGUGCAAUUGUAAAGGGUCCGUCAGCAAAGGGUGGCGAUUGCCCUUGGAUGGAUGAAGCCAAGCAGUACAAAAAGGCUAUAUCUUUGGAUUAUUUUUGUAUCUGCUAAGGGUCCCUUUUCCAGUUUUUCUGAAUGGGAAGUCCCAUAACCGGUUGGAAGAGGGGACAUUAGUCUAGACCAGUGAUUCGCAAAGUGGGCACUACUGCCCCCCCCCCCCCCCCGUGGGCGCUGGAGCGAUCCAGGUGGGUGGUGAUGACACCUAUUAGGACACGGGUGGGGCCAGAGCCUCUUCCCAAGUGCCAGAGACAGGGCUGAGCACCUGAGGCGCCUGUUAGAACACACAGAGGGCGGAGCUAGAGGAGUGGGCAUGGCUUCUUCCCAAGAGCCCGAGACAGGGCUGAGCCUCUAUACCUCUCCUGAGACGCUUGUUGGGACACAGGGCAGAGCUAGAUAAGGGGGCGGGGCCUCCUUCUAAGAGCCUGAGACAGGGCUGAGCCUCUAUACCUGCCCUGAGACGCUUGUUGCGACACAGAGGGCGGAGCUAGGGAAGGGGGCGGGGCCUCCUUCCAACAGCCUGAGGCAGGGCUGAGCCUCUAUACCUCCCCUGAGGUGCUUGUUAGAACACAGGGGCGGGGUAUUGAGGUUCAGCCUCGUCAGGCACUUGGGAAGAGGCCCCGCCCCCUCCUCUAGCCCUGCCUCCUGUGUCCUGGCAGGCGUCGCAGGACACGGAUAGAAGCUCAGCCCUGCCUCAGAGCUCGUAACUCCGCCCAUCCCAGUCCUGGCUGCCCAUUUCUGGCCAUGCCCACCUCCCCCUCGCAGCCGUACAUCUUGGACUAGGGGAGAGGCUCAGCCCCGCCCUCUUGAGCAGGAUCCACACCCACCCCACUAAGCCAUGCCCACCCCUUCCAGGGGGUGCUGAGUCAUAUUUUUUCUGGGAAGGGGGCGGCAGGCCAAAUAAGUUUGGGAACCACUGGUCUGGACUCUGCCCCUGUCCUUACUGCCAAUCCAAUGCCCAUCACCAGCAACGAAGGGUUGUAACAGGGUAGCCGCCCACUCCCCUCCUUGUGCCUAAACACUGCCAUGUUGGUCAAGGGGUGUCUUUUGGGGUCUCUCCAGGAAAAGCCAGCACCCCUUUCCCCCCUUAUGGGAGACCCAGCGCCCUGCUCGUCUUCUCCAGGAACCCAUAGUUUGCGACGUGCGUUCGGUGUGGCCAAAUUUCGUGUGACAAAAAGGUGUCGCUUUCUGUUUUAGCCAUGUUAGGGCGGAUUAGCUGCCGCCUUCUCCCUCCCCGGACUCUCUUUUCCUCCCUUCCAAUGCCUCUGCCACCGCACUGUACAAUGCUUGUGUCCCCACUUUGAGAGCCUUUUCGGGAGGGGGAAGCAAGGGUUGUGUUGUCAAAGGCUUUCGUGGCCGGAAUCGCAGAGUGGUUGUGAGUUUUCCGGGCUGUCUGGUAAUUAAGCAGCAUUCUCUCCUGACGUUUCACCCACAUCUAUGCCACGCAUCCUCAGAGGUCAUGAGGUCUGUUGGAAAAUUUAACAAGGGGGCCUUGCAGCUUCAAAGCCUGGCUGCUUCCUGCCUGGGGGAUCCAUUUUUGGGAGGGGGUUAUAUAUGCCCAGGGUGGGAGAAUGAAAGAGCCUGUGUCUGCUUGAGGCAAGUGUAAACAUUGCCAUUGGCCACCUUGAUUAGCAUCAAAUAGCCUUGCAGCUUCAAAGCCUGACUGCUUCCUGCCUGGGGGAAUCCUUUGUUGGGUGGGUUUUAUAUAUUUGUAGCCUCCGGUGGCUCAGUGUGUUAAAGCGCUGAGCUGCUGAACUUGCAGACCAAAAGGUCCCAGGUUCAAACCCGAGGAGCGGCGUGAGCGCCCACUGUUAGCUCCAGCUUCUGCCAACCUAGCAGUUCAAAAACAUGCAAAUGUGAGUAGAUCAAUAGGUACCGCUCCUGCGGGAAGGUAACAGCGUUCCAUGCAGUCAUGCUGGCCACCUGAACUUGGGCAACGCCAGCUCUUUGGCUUAAAAAUGGAGAUGAGCACCAACCCUAGAGUCAGACAUGACUGGACUUAACUUCAGGGGAAACCUUUACCUUUUAGAAUGAUGUCCAAGGUGGGAGAACUAAAGAACUCUUGUCUGUUGGAAGCCAGUGUGAAUGUUGUAAUUAAUCACCUUAAUUAGCAUCAAUGGCUUCUUCCUGCCUGGGGGAAUCCUUUGUUGGGAGGUGUUAGCUGCCCCUGAUUGGUUCAUGUCUGGAAUUCCUCUGUUUUCAAAGUGUUGUUCCUUAUUUACUGUCCUGAUUUUAGAGUUUUUUAAUACUGGGAACCAGAUUUUGUACAUUUUCAUGGUACCUCACAACCUCUGAGGAUGCCUGCCAUAGAUGUGGGCGAAACGUCAGGAGAGAAUGCUUCUGGGACAAGGCCAUACAGCCUGGAAAACUCAGAAUAACCCUGAAAGAUGGGUUGAUUCCUGUCGCAGCCGGCAAUAGGACCAACCUCCCCUUCCUCUUGAGUUGUGGCUAGGCUCGAUUCCCUGACGUAGAGGUAGGCCAUCUAUUUGUCACAUUGUGUUGCUUGCUGGCGUUGGGACAUCUUUAAGGUCAAGCGAGCCUGUGGUAGCUCAUGCUGACCGGCCAAGGCAUCCCGGUGAGAUGCAGUGGAAAGAGAACAGCCAGCUCUGCCUUGAUGCUUCCCUCUCUUUCCUGGACCUUUCUUUGAGCUCCCCCAGCAGGAGCGCCUCCUUGUUCUGUCAUUCACACAGGUUCAAAAACAUUCCAAAACGUCAGUCAGGUAGAGGCAUCCAUAGCUGUCACUCCCAUAUAGACAUGCAGUUGGAAGAUAUUUGGGAACAUAGUCUUGGGGGACUCCUAGACCAGUGUCUUCUUUGCCGGGUGCAGAAGGCCUGUCUUCAAUCCAGAGUUGUGCUUGCGGUUCAUUUUGUUGUGUUAGAUUUCUCUUGUAGGUUUGCAUUGCAAAAACUGUGUGCGGCCUCACACAGGCUGGUUCUCUGUGGGUCUACACCAGAGCUUUCCAAACCUGUCGUGCUAUUUUGGACAUGCGUCAUUUCGCGACAAGUCAAAGCACGGUCCAGACUGACUCCCAGAUAUAUUGGUGUGCUGCAAUGCUCCAAUCAGAUUCCUUCCCAGGUCAUCCUCAGAGCUCAAAAUGCUUGUCCGUUCAUAAGGUGAAAAGCACAGGCCUGCGUUUUGGAUGGAUGAGGAAUCGGUUGGUUUUCCCUGUUAUAGGCAGUAAGAACACCUCAAGCUUCGGAGAGCUUCUGUUCAACCAUUUCAAAGCUCUCAGUUUGGGUGGUGAUGCCACGAUCAUCAGCAUAGAUGAAACUCUGUCCUUUCUGGCAGUGGGCCGUCAUUGGUGUAAACACUGAACAUGGAUGGAGCAAGCAUGCUCCCCUGUGGCAGGCUGUUCUGCCAAAAGUCACCAAAAAAAGCUCCUGUUUUGUAGCAGGUUUCCUAUGAAGCGGGUGAGGUGGCAGUCCUUUGUGAUAUUAUAAAUUAAUCAUAAUAUAUAUAAUUUAUUGCUUUUUUUCAUGUCAGGAGCGACUUGAGAAACUGCAAGUUGCUUCUGGAGUGAGAAAAUAAGCCAUCUGCAAGGACGUUGCCCAGGGGAUGCCCGGAUGUUUUGAUGUUUUUACCAUCCUUGUGGGAGGCUUCUCUCAUGUCCCCGCAUGGAGCUGGAGCUGAUAGAGGGAGCUCAUCCGCGCUCUCCCCGGGUGGGAUUCGAACCUGGCAGCGUUCAGGUCAGCAACCCAACCUUCAAGUCACAAGGCUUUAAUCCACUACUCCACCGGGGGCUCCAUUUAUUGCUUAUUUCACAUAGUUGCAGAGGUUUCUCCUUACGCUCAUGCAACACGCUGACACAGUUUGGAAAGCUCUGGUCUACCCCAACCGUAUAAUGCAGUGAUUCCCAAAGUGGGCGCUACCACCCCCUGGUGGGCGCUGGAGCGAUCCAGGGGGGCAGUGAUGGCACCUAUUAGGACACAGGGCGGGGUCAGGGGAGGGGCGGGGCCUCUUCCCAAGUGCCGGAGACGGCUGAGCACCAGAGGCGCCUGUUAGGACACAGGGGGCGGAGCUAGAGGAGUGGGCGUGGCUUCUUCCCAAGAGCCUGAGACAGGGCUGAGCAUCUAUACCUCUCCUGAGGCUCUUGUUGGGACACAGAGGGUGGAGCUAGGGAACAAGGCAGGGCCUCCUUCCAAGAGCCUGAGACAGGGCUGAGCCUAUACCUCUCCUGAGAGGCCUUUUAGGACUAAAGGGCGGGGCUGGGGAGGGGCGGGGCCUCUUCCCAAGAGCCCGAGACAGGGCUGAGGAUCUAUACCUCUCCUGAGAGGCCUUUUAGGACUAAAGGGCGGGGCUAGGGGUGGGGGCGGGGCCUCUUCCCAAGAGCCCGAGACAGGGCUGAGGAUCUAUACCUCUCCUGAGAGGCCUUUUAGGACUAAAGGGCGGGGCUGGGAAGGGGGCGGGGCCUCUUCCCAAGGGCGCGAGACAGGGCUGAGCCUCUAUACCUCUCCUGAGAGGCCUUUUAGGACGAAAGGGCGGGGCUCUGGAGGGGGCGGGGCCUCCUCCAAAGAGCACGAGACAGGGCUGAGCCUCUAUACCUCCCCUGAGGUGCUUGUUAGAAUACGGGGGCAGGGUAUAGAGGUCCAGCCCCGUCAGGCAUUUGGGAAGAGGCCCCGCCCCCUCCUCUAGCCCCACCUCCUGUGUCCAGGAAAGGGAUAGAAGCUCAGCCCUGCCUCAGAGCUCGUAACUCCGCCCAUCCCAGUCCUGGCCGCCCAUUUGUGGCCCCGCCCACCUCCCCUCCUAGCCCUGCAUCUUGGACUGGGGGAGAGGCUCAGCCCUGCCCUCUUGAGCAGGAGCCACGCCCCUUUUCCAGGGGGCGCUGUGUCAUUUUUUCUGGGAAGGGGGCGGUAGGCCAACUAAGUUUGGGAACCAGUGGUAUAAUGCAUUGUUAUGGCAGCGUAGAUGCAGCCUGGAUCAGGGGAUUAUGGGCGUUGGUGCCUCCAAAAGCAAUGUCUCCAAACUAUGGCCAUUUCUCCUACUGUGGCCAACCUCCCUGUCACAAAAAGCAAUGUUUCCUGGUUGCCGGAGGCACGGGUCCAUCCUUCCUCUCCCCCUCCCCAAUCUGUGCUGGUGUCUAGGGGACCUGCACUCACAUAUCAAGAGAGGAUCAGUCUGUUUGCGCUUUAGCCUCUCUGCAGGGAAACCUCGAGGGUCUGCCGCAGCGAGUAGGAUUUGUAUGUGUGCGUUUGCGUGUCUCCGUCGUGCGAGAGGUGGGCGCCAGUGUGCGUGCCGGUGUGCGUGCCUGCGAGCGUGCGAUCUAGUCACCAAAGACCAUGAUUCAUCACCUUUGCACUCAGCCGUCGCUCAGUGUACGGAGCUUGUAGAUUUCAUAUCACAAGGAAGUUUUUUUAAAAGGAUCUCAUUUUAUUUUGGUCGUUGUACCUGACGGGUUUCGAUAAUAAAGAGAGACUUAGAGAUGUG